GUUGUAUAAGUGCACUAUACGCGUGAAAAGCGUCGCGACGCCGAAUUACCAAACAUUUUUCUAGUAAUAAACAUUUUUUUACAAUAUUUAUACAUAUUUUAUAGAUAUAUAAGAGAUUUUAUAUUGAUACAAUAAUAAAUUUAAACAUUAUUAAAUGAAAAGUGCGUGCGAAUACGAUGUGCGCGGGUUUACGUGAUUCGCGCGUUGAAAGAUGUCAUCGGCGACGGCGCCCGGGGGCAGCGGCGACCACCACACCACCGUGAGACCGCGGAUGCGCGCCGGACGCGCUGUUAAUAUCAAGGACUGGGAGAAACAGAACGAACUGCUAUGCAAAUGGAAUGAUGAAUUGUGCAGCAGCGAGUCCAUUCCCGAGGUGGAGAUUAUAAGUCUGCUCGAGGAGCAGAUACCGCGAUACAAGCUUCGUGCUGAUACAUUAACCCAAUUUGGCGGAUACGAGAAUCAGGACUGGUUCAUCCCGUCGCCGGCGCUCCAGGUCGACGAGGCCGAUCUGAAAUUGUCGCCGGACCAGAUCCGUGAAACUCUUAACUAUUUUCUCUUAUGCAGUGAUCGCGUGAGCCAAAUGAGCAAGACCUACGAUGAUAUAGAAGCGGUCACUAGGCUUCUCGAAGAGAAAGAGAAAGACUUGGAAUUGACGGCACGCAUCGGUAAGGAACUGCUGCAGGUAAACAAUAAGCUAGAAUCGAACGUCACCAAUCUUGAGGCCGAGCUGCGCACCGCCAAUGAGAAGAUCACACAGCUCAGUCAUGAAGUCACCAAGAAGACAGAGCUCAUCCAAAUACUCACCAACGACAUGGACGACGGCCAGGAGUCCGGAUCUUAUACAGGGCGUAUAAAUCUUGACCUCAUGCAGAAACGAAUCUCAUCGUUGGAGGACGAAAACAAGUCGCUGAAGUGCGAGUACACUCAGCUGUCGAAGGAUGCGGAUGACAUCGAAGCGCAGGAGGCGCGUCUGCUUAAGGACAUUGCUGGACAAUUAGCGUGCUCGAAUUCCACUAUGACUCUGUUGGAAGACGAGCUGGAUAAGCAGAAGGAUGAAAACCGCCUGCAACAUGAACAGAUAUUGACAUUGCAGUCAAAGUUACAAGACGCUGAGCUGCGAUUACAUAAAUUUAUAACUGAAAAUGAUGAAGUCAACAGUCUCCUCCAAAUCACCAGAGACAACCAAAAUUCCCUGGCAUUGGAACUUACAGAAUUCAAACAACGUUAUUAUGAAGUGGAAGCUUUGUUGAAGGAUGCACAAGAGCAACUGCGUAAGUUGCGCCGGAAGCAAAUGCCGGUCGCACGCAGUUCGCUCUUCAGUCAUCUUGGAAGCGCAGCACCGCAGUUUGAUAGCUUACAGAGCGAGCUUGAAAUGUCGAUGCAUUCUGAAUUCAGCACUGAUAGUGGUAUCUCCAGUGGAAUGGGUGAUCAUAUACCACAGUUCAAGCGUGUUUUUGAUACUGUGCGUUGUGCAUCAGCUAAUUCCCUAAGCAGCGGUGAAAGUAUGAGCAGUUUGGGUUCUUCAGGUAUAGGCGGUGUUGGUGGUUACGUUAGUUCAUCAAUGGCACUUACAAGCGGGCCUCGUAUGAGUGUCAAAACACAAAAUGCGUUUGACCGCAGAUCCUCUGGUUCUAUCUACAGCAGUAGCAGUUUGGGUUAUCCUAGUUUGGAUAGCACCGGGCAGUCGGACAACGAAUCUAGUCAGACGUCUGAUUCCGAUUCAGAUUACCCUGCACCACCACAACCUGGUGUUCCAGGAGUUCCUGGUGCUGCGGAUUUGGAAGCCGCUUUGAAAAGAUUAACCCCAGCGGAGGUGCUGGCACGCCGUGCGAAUUUACAACAUGGCGGUGGGUUUUCCGGAUAUGAGUCUGAUGUCUUUUUACCUUAUGGGUGUCGCACACCUGAUUCACUCAUGUCUACUGGUUCUAUGCCAUAUACACAAUGGCGACUUCCGGAAAAACUUCAAAUUGUUAAACCAAUGGAAGGCUCGCAGACUUUACACCAAUGGGCACAACUAGCACAACCAACAUUCGGUGGUUUGUUAGAUGAACGCCCUGGUGUGAAAAUUAAGGGUGGUAAAGAAUUGGAAGACAUUGGUUUGGAGACGUAUGGAUUGAGUGAUCUAGAAGAAGAUGACGAGUAUUCCAACCCAGGAAUCUUCGAUUCUUCAGCGCCGGUUUACACGUUGACCAAUAGCACAGUCAUGCAUCCGGAUGAUGGUACACUGAUGACCCCUAGUAAUAUGAGCAGUCGAAUGACUUCGGUAUGCUCAAGUGUGCAGAAUUCUCCACCACAAACCCCACGUGGCAUGUCACGACGAAAUUCAUGUUCGACAUUCAGCACUACUUUUGGGCUGGCGAAGAUGUUGAAUGAGCGCGGAAUCAAAGCUGUGACGCCUUCGGCGGUAAACACACCCGCGGGACCGAAUAGUUUUACACCUACAGCUACACCCUGCAACAGUCCUUUGGGAUCACCUGAUAGGUCGAGAAGUAGCUCGCCAGAGCCGUAUGAUAUGUUCGGAGGGAUACAACAGUUGAUUAUGAGCUCCAUGCCUGAGUUUGUUCAACAGUCGAUUGGAGGUGGAGUCAAAAAGAAGGUGCCUUCGGUUAAGGAGACGAAAGGUGCUUCACGGAGGAACAGAACUGAUAAAAAUCUCGUGGGUCGUAUUGAGAGGAUGGGUCUGACGAAUAUCAUGAGUUCGCCCAGUGCUCUUACCCUCACGGCAGGGAUGUAUGCCAGACCAGCCCUGACUAGUCCAAUGGCGCAGUUGACCUGUCUACUGCCCAGCAACAGUGCCGAGAACUUGGCGUCGUCCGCACACAGUCACAACGAUGGGUUAUCACCCACGAAAGAAGAAAUUAAACCAGUACUUCCGAUGACAUCAAUGGGCAUUCCUGGCAAGCCCGGCAGCGACUCAUUGCAAAAACGCCUGGAGCAGUUAAACGCACGCAAGCAACGACGACAGCAGGCCGGAGGCGGUCAAACCCGCCCUGAUCUAGGCACCGUUGCCAAGAAACCCGUCGUGGAGGAGCAGACCAGUUCGUUGGGCACACUCAGCUCGCUACUAUUCGGUCGCAAAGGCGGAUUAUUUUAAACAUGCGGUAAUAACUUAAAACUGAACGAUACGGAUAAAAAUAGGUAAUUGAAUUGAAAAUAUCUUAUAAUGAAUAAGAUCUUUUAAAUAGUGCGCCACAAUUGGAUGAUAAUGAUAAUCUCCUGCAGGCAGAAACAGAUACAUUUUAAAUUGUCAAUGAAUGCUACUUUCAGUAGAGUUCAUUUGUUCAAUUGGUUGCUCCAAGAUAAAAAGAGGGGAAAAAAAAACGUUAAAGUAACAGAAUUGUGCACGAUUCUAUAUUGAAAUAGAUAUAACAAUUGGUGCACUCCAACAACCCAGCAGAUAUUUUAAUAAUUCAAGAGUUCAAGUCAUGCAACACUACCUAUCAUCUAAGAUUUAAACUUUAAACUAAACACUUAAAGCAAGUAGAUAAAGUCAUCAGCUGUGAUUCGUUUAUCAUAACGUCAUAACAUAUUAACAUACGUAAGAAAAUUCUGUUUUAAAGUAAAAGUAUCAGUUUGUGACGUACAGGGAUGUAUCGAAAUUAUUCGUAAUAAUUUAUUCUCUUUCAAUCGUUUUCUUUUGUGUACGUGCAUGUUAAGUUUCGUCAACGUGUAUUUAUUUGUUUCACAUUUUUCGAUACGGUUAACCUUCCACAAUGUGAACAAGCCGUUUCGAUUGUGCGCAAACAUGUAAACAAAGAAAUGUAUAUAAAAAAUGUAAAUAGUGUUAGUCUAAGAACGCAUAGAAGUGAUGUGAAUCCAGUUAUCAAUGCGCCUUUGACUAGUGGAGAUGAGAGCUGUAUUUUUGGCCGGACGCAGACGUAUUUAUCAAGUAUGUACUCUAGUUAAGCAUUAGUAAAACGCUAAUCAUCGCCAAUGCAAAGAUUACAUUUAAAUAUCGUAAUUCAAAUUGUCAUAGUUGAAAUUUGAAGCAAUUGAAGGGAUAUAUUAUCGAAUGAAUUGAUUUAAAUAUCCCAAUGCGAAAUAAUUAAGCAUCAACAAUUGUGUAUUGUUAUUACUUGCAUUGAAUCCGCUAUAAUAGUUGUGAUUGAUAAUUCCUAUGAAAAGCCAAUGUAGUAUUCAUUAGUCUGUUAGCUAGUGCUGAAAUUAACUGAUUUAUGUUAAGUAUUUAAAGAUGAUGCUGAUUGAUUGAUUGAUUUUAAGAAGUGGCAAAGACGAAUGUAAGCGCGCAGCUUUUUUAAACACUGGUUGCGUUCAGGAUUGUAUUAUCUAAGGCGUAUUGUUUUCUCUUGAGUUUUCUUAACUUUUCAUUCGAAAUAUAUUUGAAAUUUCGUGAUA